AGCCAAAAAGACCGGCAUUCGCCCGGCUUGGACCGCCAUCAAGCAUCCGCCCCAACCAGACAUGGCUAUCUUGCAUAUUGUUUUGUUCAGAAUCCGAGCUGAUGCUCCCAAGCCUGCUAUCGAUCGGAUGAUCCAGGAGCUCUAUGGAUUAAAGAAGCUUUCCGGAAUAACCAGGAUCGAAGCCGGAGAGAACUUUGAGCACGAAUACGGACAAGGAUACACUCACGUCCUUCUGGUCGAGUUUGAGACUCGAGAGCACUUGCAAGCGUACGAUGUCCAUCCCGACCAUGUUGCUGUCCUGAACGAGCAUAUCAUUCCUCUGCUUGAAGAGACAAAUGGGCUGCUUGCUGUGGACUGCGCUGUACCGUAUCCAUCUCGCAGAUAAGACCAUUCGAUUGAAGCCCAUAGCAAAGUCGGUUGGCGCAAUACUGCACAAUCGUUUCGACAACCGAAGAACGUGAGAGCCGGUAACCGGGGUAGCUUCCUGUCGAUUGGGCUGCAAUAUCAAUAAUUAGAAGGGGCAAGCUGAUUGCCAGCGAAAAGUAUUGUGUAUGACGAACCGAAUGCAGGCUGCGGUGAUGGUGAAAGAAGAGUUCCUUGGAGAAAUGCAUCGUCUGUGAGAGCAUUGCCAUUGGUAUCCCGGUCGUUCUGCACUGCUGCGAUAUGAAGUUGUGCCAGUCCGUUGUGCCAGUCAGCUGUCAGCUAUGUCAUAAUGCACUGUGGCUGCCACCUGUUGAGCAAGA